AUGGAGCUGCGGUCGGAGCUGGCCAGCGCGGCCCCGGCCGGCCCCGCCGUGGCCCCGGUGGCGUCGGUGGCGUCGGUGGCCUCGGUGGCGUCGGUGGCGGCGGCGGCGGCGGCGGCGGCGCUGCCGGUCAGCGUGGCGGGCGGGCUGCUGCGGGGGCCGCCGCUGCUGCUGCGGGCGGCCGAGAAGUACCCGCGGACCCCCAAGUGCGCCCGCUGCCGCAACCACGGCGUCGUGUCGGCGCUCAAGGGCCACAAGCGCUACUGCCGCUGGAAGGACUGCCUGUGCGCCAAGUGCACCCUCAUCGCCGAGCGCCAGCGCGUCAUGGCCGCCCAGGUGGCCCUGCGGCGCCAGCAGGCCCAGGAGGAGAGCGAGGCCCGCGAGCUGCAGCUGCUCUACGGCACCGCCGAGGGCCUCGCCCUGGCCGCCGCCAACGGCAUCCUCCCGCCCCGUCCCGCCUACGAGGUCUUCGGCUCCGUCUGCCCCGACGCCAACGCCCCGGCCGCACCCCCGGCCGCGGGCACAGGGGGAUUCGCAGUCGGGGGAGGGGGAUCGUCGUCGAAGCUGCAGAAGUUUGAGUUGUUCCCCAAGACGCUGCUGCCGGUCCCGGGCGGCGCGGGCAGCCCCCCGCCGCUGGGCCCCAAGCCCCCGAGCCCGGCCGGGGAGGACCCGGCGCGGGGCCCGUCGUCGCCCGAGGGCCGGCCCGGCUCGGGCUCGGGCUCGGGCUCGGAGGCCGGGGACGGGGCGGGGGACGCGCCGGGGGAGGCGGCGGGGGCUCUCCCGGCCUGCGGGCCGGAGCCGGCGGCGGGGCCGGUCCCGGGGGGCGCGGACAGCCCGGCCCCGUCGGCGGGCUCGGCCUCCGCGCUGGGCUGCGACUCGGGCUCCGAGGCCGACAAGGACGAGCCGGCGGCGGCGGCGGCGGGGGCGGCGGCGGCGGCGGGGGGGGCGUCCGGGCCCGGGGCGGGGGUCCCCCCGCGGCAGCGGACCCCGCUGGACGUGCUGACCCGCGUCUUCCCGGGCCACCGGCGGGGCGUGCUGGAGCUGGUCCUGCAGGGCUGCGGCGGGGACGUGGUGCAGGCCAUCGAGCAGGUGCUCAGCCCCCGCCGCGGCCCGGGGCCCGGCCCGGGGGCCGACGCCGGCUGGCCGGGGGCCGGGGCCGCCCCGCCCGGCCCCCCGCAGGCCCCGGCCCCCGCCCCGGGCCCCGCCCCGGCCCCGCCGCCGGCCCGGCCCCUGCUGGCCGGGGCCGUGCCCCCCGCCAUCGGGGCGCUGGGCAGCCGCUCGGCCUUCUCGCCGCUGCAGCCCAACGCCACCCACUUCGGGGCCGAGGCGGGCGGCUACCCGCUGGGCGCCCCCCUGGGGCUCAGCCCGCUGCGCCUGGCCUACUCGGCGGCCCACGGCCGGGGACUGGCCUUCAUGGCGCCCUACUCGACGGCCGGGCUGGUGCCGGCGCUCGGCUUUCGGCCGCACGUGGACUACGCCUUCAGCGACCUCAUGCGGGACCGCUCCGGGGGCCCCAAGGAGCCCGCCUACAGCAACGGCCUCUACGGGCCCCUCAUCAACCACAACCCCGAGAAGCAAUAG